AUGGUAGAAAAUGAGCCCUUGUAUGAUCCACAAAUUCAUUUAAAAUUCACUGAACCAGAUUUUGUUGUUUUAUUAAAUAAUAAUUUUCAACAGGAGAAAUAUAUAUCUACAGAUAGAAAUGACAAUGUUAAAAGCAAUAAGCAAACGAGAAUUGUCAAUUGUCAAGGAGAUCUACGUCAGCCAAAUUAUAUUCAAUCUAUUGGCUACAGAUCACAAUGGAUUAAAGAUUUUAAUCGACGUCCCGUUGUUUGCGACUAUUUGUCAAAAUUAUGCGGAGAACCUUUAAUGUUAACUAUCUUAAAAUCGACAUAUAGUCACACAAAUAUUGGCUUAGUUGAUCCAGAUAAGGAUGUGGAUCAAGGGCAUACAGACAGUGUUCCGUUUGUUAUUAUAAUUCUUACUUGUAAAAUGACUAAUACGGUUGGCGGUGAACUUCAAUUGAUUGAGAGAGAAAAACAAGAAGCAUCAAAAUUAAUUUCACAAUAUAAUCGAAAUGUACCUGAUGAAUAUGUUAAAAAUAUUGAAUUUGAUGGACCAGGUUCAGUCAUUUUCAUGCAAGGCUGUGCAAUUCAACAUAGAGUUCUAUUUGAACACAAAAAACAUACCAAAAAAAUUACUACUGAUAAUAACGAGUCGAUUGCACAACUUCAAUCGUUGUACAGAAUAUAG